AUGAAUGACGACACAGGUCGCGAUUUUGACGAGCUUCGCGCUUCACGGCCAACGUCAUUGGUGAGCGAACUUCUCGAAAUCCAGAAGUACCAAAGAAAUUGUCCACGAGAUUUCACGCAGGUGCGGUCGUUGAAAUGUUUGUCACCAAGGCAGCAAACCCUCAAAGUCCCUGAUCCAACCUUAUUCAAAGUCACUUUGCCAGAAGAUGAUGGAAAGUUCGCUGCAGUCUCAUAUGUGUGGAAUCCGUCAGCAUAUGAAAAUGAUACGACAGGAAGAUAUCGCAUCAUGCCAGAACAUCCCGGCAGACCUAAGCGCUCCAAAGUACGAGAUGUUAUUCUUGAUCGUGUCGUCAGGUACACCGUCUCUGGCAAUAUACCAGCAUUUUGGAUUGAUCAAGAAUGUAUCAACCAGAGUGACGAAAAAGCAAAAAUUGCUGCCAUGCAGUCUAUGGACAUAAUUUACCGCCGCAGUCAAUAUCCUGUCGGUGUGCUGUCAACUCCUGUGCGGUGCCAACGAGAAAUUGAUUGCUUGCUGGAGCUACUGAAUGGAGAACUUGUUACCCAGCAGUGGUCAUUACAUGGCCCCAAGCUAACUGCCGAGGUCAACAUUGAGAAAGCCCGAGACAUACUAGAUGUCCUUUUCAGAGUCAUGUGCGAUCCUUGGUGGGGUCGCCGCUGGAUUUCUCAGGAGGAAUACUGUGCUAUGGACCGUAUGCGUCUCUUGAUUCCCCACAAGCUUGGAUUACGCAAAGCACGUGGGGGACGGAUAUUCGGCAAUAUCGAUGGGGAGCUAUCCAUUAACGCUGCUUGUUUCCGCCAGCAGGUUACUCUGUUCUGCAUUGCCUGUCACCGCCAAGAAAUCUGGACUUCGACAAGGGAGAAAUGGCGAUGCAGAUUGGUAUUGAGACGAGCAAAGAAAUACAACAUGCUACAGAAGUAUGGAUGGAUAGUCGGUGACUAUAGUGACGGUCGGGCAAUGUCUACAAGAAUCUUGGCCGAUAUCUCUCGUCGUUCAGCUAAGAUACCGUCAGAUACUUUGGCAAUCGUUGCGAACUGCUGUGGAUACGCAACACGGUUAGAUGUCGAGACCCUCAGCAAGGCCCGGUUGCGUAGUUUGAGUCUGGCAAUUCUUGCUUUAUUCGUCCUCAAUGGCGAAAUUCUUCGCAAUGACACGAAUGAAGAUGUUCCAUGCACCGUCGUUGACUUUCUCAAAAGACAGUCUUUCCAGGGGUUUGAUCCACCAAGAGACGAUAGGAAGUUAACCUUUAUGAAACGUUGCCGACUGAGUGAUGUUGUGUUGUCCGAGGAAGGAAUCAAGACGCAUGGAUAUUGCUGGACAAGAUGCAAGAUUUUCAUGCCGAGAUGUCUUGCGUCGUCAGAAAAGGGAGCACAAUGGCAUCAAGACAUCCUCCGUCAACUCGCCGAACAGCUACAUGGUUCGUAUCGUCGAUUAGCUGAUAACAUUAGGAAGUACCUGCAAGGUACAAUGCCUGGCAAUAUGAAGACAGCGGGCCUGCGGGAGAUAUUCAAGAGUAUGGCUGAGGGAGUCGCCGAGGCGGUGGAAGCCGGCCGACCGCUCAUCCUCGCUCAGCUCGCAGGCCACGAUCAAAUCUGGGCGGUUUUCGUUGCAACCACACGCCAUCACACACGCUCGCAUAUAUUUACAAGCUGUGAACCUGCAGAAGGCAGGUCGUCUGGAUCUCGGAGUCGACCGCUUGAUAAGUAUGUAUCACUGCAAGUGGUUACAAGUGGAAACGCAGACAGCGGCAUUCCUCGCCUUAGGACUGGUUCGUGGGUCAACGGUCUUUGGUUUGUUGAUCGUAUUAGGCCGCAAGAAGUCAUAUUUCCGUGGCCGCGCUUUCUGUCUGAAGAAUAA